AUGGUGCACGCCGAUGCAGCUAGCGUCCCUGCACAUAUCGCCUCGAAGGCUGCCUUUUAUGAGCAUGUACAGCUACAGGUAGAUGGUCUGCUUGAUGGCCAGACCAACUGGGUCACGAAUCUCGCGAACGUCAGCUCCAUCUUGUACAGCUCGAUGAACCGCUUCGAGGCAUGGCGCGACAAGCGCGUGAACUGGGCAGGCUUUUACCUCCUUGCCCCGCUAUUCCCAGGCACUCGCCAUCUUGCCUCUCUGACGCGCCCGAUGCUUUGGCUUGGUCCGUUUUGCGGAUUACCGGCGUGCCAGGCCAUACCCUCUGAGCGCGGGCGCGGCGUUUGCGCAGACGGCAGCGCCCAGUGGCCACCUGCUCCCUUGUGUGUGCCCCACACUGAAGCAUACCCUGGUCAUAUUGCCUGCGACGCACUCUCACAAUCAGAAAUUGUGGUGCCGAUAGUCGUUUCGCGCUCUCAACUCUCCCAAACGCAUCAGGCAGCGCUGCGCGGCGAAGGUCCCGAGCACCUCGUGCGCGCAUGGGCCGGUCGCGGUACCGACGAUCACGUCAUUGUUGGGGUGCUGGAUAUUGACUGCGAGUCGCAAAAUGGCUUUGAUGCCGUGGACGCUGACGCACUGCAGCGCCUCGUGCAGCGUGUUGUUCAAGCGUGCGACUGGUGCAUGGAGUGA